AUGUCUGCGCUACGAAUCACCACCGCCUCGGCGGCGCGCAUGUUGCGCACUUCGAAUGCCGUGAUGCCUUCUGUCAUGGGUGCUGCUCAGCGUCGAGCACUCAGCGACUCUGCCGAACCCGCCCGCGUGCCCUCUGUCGAGUCCGCCCGCGUACCCGAGAAGCUUGCAAAGGAGGACUCGCCUCUGGCCACGCCCAAGCGGAACUCGCCCGAUUACAAUGUUCCCAUUGACAAAGCCACUUCCACCUGGACCCCAGUCCCCAAACACAUCCAGAAUGGUUCCGAGGAAGGCAUCCUCCCAGCCGCCGUCGUCUCGGGCGCUCCCAUGGAAUUGCAAGCCCGCACUGUUCGCAUCUUCCUCCCCUCCAAACCCGCCACCCAAUCCUCCAACAGCCGCGUCCUCUGGCGCAUGGACUGGGACGUGCUCGAAAAGGGCCACCGCUGGGAAAACGAGCUGAUGGGCUGGCAAUCGUCGGGCGACUUUGUGCAGGGCACGCACCUGACCUUCCGCACCAAGGAGGAGGCCAUCCAGUUUGCCGAGAAGCAAGGGUACGAGUACUUUGUGCAGGAGCCGAACCAGCGCCACUUUACGCCCAAGGCGUACGCCAACAACUUUUUGUAUAGCCCCAAGAAGUUGAAGAUUGUCAGGACCAAGUGA